AUGUCCCGCCCGUCCAGCACUAUAACUGACCCUCAAUCUUGCAGACUUGCCCCUAUCGGCGUCGAUACAGCAUAUCUCACACAAGUGGUGUCGGGCAAGAAAACCACCACCUCUUGGCAUGCCAAACAGACCGACUUUGGAACCGCGACAAUCACGACCACGGGCAAGAAUGGGAAGCCCACGCCCACGGCUAUCCCCAAGGGCUUCAAAGUCACACUGACCUCCUCAGGAAAGGUGGAGAUCACCUUGAGCAAGUACCUGAAAGAUGCGCUGAAGGACAUCGGCUCCAAGGUGCCGUCGUGUGCACUGAAGGCCCGGAGCGAACGGGACAGGCAUCCGCACGAAGACGCGGAGAAGCGGGCUACUGCUACCGUCGAGUGUGUCCGCCUGCGAGCCGGCCGCAUCGCCGAGGAGCUCCGUCGACGUCCCGACAUCAUGAGACAGAUGGUGAACCUGAACGAGGAGGUUGCGAGAGUUACCGGAAACGACGCCGUUGCUCUGGCUGACAGCGGCCGGAUGAUGAGCUUUGCGGAAGAGGGCGUUGUCGUGGAUAUCAUCAAAUUCACCGAAGUCACCGCCGUGGACGGCGGGGCCGCGUUGGCCACGCUGGGCGACGCGGUCAUGGGCGUGUUUGCCUCCAUCACCUUUUGGUUCGCCGCCAUCGAUCACUUUCUCGAGGCGUGGAAGAUUCAAGCCAACGCCAAACCCCCGAUCAAGUUUGUCAAGGUCAGCCCGGCCAAGAAGCCGAAGCCGGACAAGACCAAGCCCAAGCCCAAGCCGGACAAGACGAAGCCCAAACCGACACCGAGCAGCAGCAAGUGCCCGACUCACAAGCUUGCUUGUUCGGGCAACCGCUGCAGCGGCUCGGCUGGCAAAUGCACCAAGGAAUGGAAGAAGUGCCCCUGCUUGACCUCCGGCACCCAGAUUGCAGAUACCUCGCUGUUUGGUGCUGACUGGGCUGCAGUCGACAAGGAGAUCAGCCAGUAUGUGUUUGGGAACCCUGACCCCAGCAAAAGCCGAAAGGUCCCCCCUCCCAAGUGCACCUCGACCAAGUCCGGGGACCGUAAUCUCGCCAACAUGGAGUCCAAAGUGUGGUCUCGGCUCCUGGACAAGCUGUGCGUCGACAAGAAGGAUCUUUCAGGCGGCUUCAAAAAGACGAUGAAGACAUCUGAUAUCGGCGAGACAGCGUACAAGGACUGGACGUUUGACUUUAAUUUCGACACAAAGCGGAAGAACGCCUGCACCGCCUACAGCUGCAUGGACGUUUUCGGAAAAUUCGCCUCGUGCGGCACCGACUCCCAUACAAAGUACGCCACGGGGGAGAUUCAUCUCGACUGCGGUACCGCCAAGUAUGCCAUGCACAACCCUGCGAAGAAGACACCGCCCAAAAAGACACCGCCUAAGAAGCCGUCACCCAAGACGCCGCCCAAGACACAGCUCAAGAUGCAAAACGGCAUUUGCUUCGAUAGAAACAAAUUUGACAAGCCCGCUUUUGAUGUUCACGAGGGUGACGUGAAGAGGAAUGCCAAGAAGGCGUGCAAAAAAGUCAACGGUCCGAUAAAAGCCGGAAACGCCGACACCUUUAUCACUUUCUGGAGCAAAGAGGACUGGGCACGUCAACGGUUCAGAAUUUUCUGGAAGGAGGGCUGCAAGCUCGAGAAUGGCUUGACGGAGAUGUCCGCCUCGAACCCCCUGAAGGAAAAGAAUCCCAGUGACACGAAAUGCCAGGACAUACUCUUUGACAACUACAAGAGGUGCAACAAUGGAGGCAUUGGCGGUAGCAUCCAAGCUGGCUGUCUAGUGUACGAGUCGCAGAUGGCUGGCCCUAAGUAG